GGUAAAUUUUGGGGCAGAUGCCAUGGGUAGCGUCGGCGCAGUUCUUAUCCUGUCCCUUCGUUGAUACGGUGGUAGGUAGGUGGUAAGUAUACUUGGUCCCUCGAUGGAUGUAACUGAGUGGUUCGUCCUUGUCUAUCCAACUCAAGUAUGGUUCAGGAACCGAGGGACACCCGCUCCAUAUUCCGUUUCUGUAGAACAAUGUACUGCGCCAAGUAUGGUUGGCCUGCUGGUCUUUCUUUAUUUGGUUUAUCUCAGGUAAUGGAUACCCGGUGAGUUGAGAUGGAAGGCAUGUUUCAUAAUGGACAGUUGGAGGGGUGCCAUAGGUCCGCGAGACACUUCCAAGGGAUUGGGUCCUGAUAAGCCAGAGGCGUUUUGAUAGAGAGGGAAACUUGGAUAUUGCAGGUAAGGGUGGUAUGUAUGUACCUAUGUACAUGAUCAUGUACCUGCCACCGUGUAGCAGGUAUCUUGUAGACCUGUAUCCGUCUUCUGAUCGACGAAGAUCCUCAUGAAGAGUAGGUAAACUUUCCUUAUUCUACUGAAGAUGCCAAUUUGGCUAAGAGUAGCCAAGUUCCAUACCGUGAAGAUCGGAGCUCGACAGGUAGAUGGUUCCCGGUAGAUGGCUUGAAUGGUGGUCGUGUUUUGGUUGCUCGUUGGAGAUAUCUCGGUCUAGGGAGCGGUGGGGGAGGAUGAUAUCAUUCUGCAUCGAGGGAGUUUGGGCUAUGCCAAUUUAAUUUUUUGUUUU